AUGACUGACGAACGUAACUCCAUCCACUCUCGGACCAGUCGAACCAGUGACGUCAAAACCGAUGAAACCACCGAACCCACUAGCGGCGAUCAAUUGCAGCUUAAUUAUAAACAAGCUAAGGCGUUAAGGGCGAUUUGUAGUACUUUUAUAGGCGAAUUGGAUGAGACGGAGCUUGAUCAACUUUGUCAAGCCGAAGUCAUGACCUCCGGGAAAAAAGACGAGAAAAUUCGAGAAUUCGGUAAACUUGACGUAUCCAGGAGUGAUGAGUUUUUUGAUCGCAUAAUAAGUCGACUAUCCCAGUCAGUAACAUCACGUCAACUGGCUGAGAUCAAGUUGCUUCUUAAACGCCUUAGUAGUCGAGGUGUUUCCGGUUAUGGAUUAACGGGCUCGACAAAGGCGUUCUUUGAACUUGAUCAGAAACAACGGGAGGCAAUCGUUUCCAAAUGGAGCACGAGUCCAUCGGCAAACAAUAGACGGAUUUUUAGGAUUCUUUCUCAUUUAGUUUGUACAUUAUUUUGGUCAGAUGCUCAUGACCUUUAUCCGUUAAUUGGAUAUCCUGGACCGGAUCCAGAGGCGGUUGGUCCAAGAUACCGAGAGCGCACUUUUCCCGAAUACGAAUUCGUUGAAAUCACGAACGAGACAACUGAAUUAAAUUAUGAUAUAUUGAUAAUUGGCUCGGGAGCAGGAGGAAGUGUCAUUGCCGCGCGCAUGGCGAGAAUGACGGGUAAUUCUGUGGUGGUGAUCGAAAAAGGUCGUCACUGUGCGCAGGAAAAACUCACCUUGGAUCAACAGGACGGAUACAAGAAGCUGUAUGAAAAUGGAGGUGGAAUAUUUUGCGAGGACAGUAAUACAACAGUUUUAGCUGGGUCCAAUUUUGGCGGAGGCACCACCGUUGGUUGGUGUGCUGCCGUGGAGCCACAUCAUCACGUUCGUGAAGAAUGGGCCAGGAAAUUUGGUUUGGUGAAUUUCUUGGAAGAGGACUUCAACAAUACACUUAAAACAGUCAAGAACAGGUUGGGUGUCAAUGAAAAUAACAUCACUCAUAACGAAAGCAAUCAAAUUCUCGUAAACGGGUGUAAGAAGAUCGGAGCGUCGGUCAAUGUCAUUCCACAGAAUUCCGCGUCCAAACCUCACCCGUGUGGUUGGUGCGGUUUCGGGUGUAAAUAUGGAGAGAAACAAGGGGCCGUGAUGACGUAUCUGAAAGACGCGAAAGACUUUGGCGUUAAUUUCAUUCAAGACUGUUUUGUAGAAAAGGUAUUGACCGAAGAUGGUCAAGUCAUUGGUGUUGAGGCGAUCGCCAAUGGAUCCCGUCGGUUUAAGGUGAUGGCCAAGAAGGUUAUCGUCGCCUGCGGAGCUGUUCACAGUCCAGCUUUGCUUCUACGAAGUGGCUUGAAGAAUAAAAACAUUGGGAAGAAUUUGCACAUUCAUCCCACCGCCGGGGUUUAUGGCGUUUUCCCCAAGAAGGAAAUUAAAACUUAUGCGGGAACCAUCAUGACUGCGGUAUGCGAUGCCGAGGAAAAUGUUGACGGCGACCACUAUGGAAGCAGGAUCGUGGUAGGAUCUCAUCAUCCGGCGACAAUCCCUACCACCUUCCCGUGGAGAUCCUCAUUACAACACAAACAGCUGAUGCUCCAAUACAAUCAUAUCGCACCCCUUCUUUCCAUAACUCGAGAUAAAGAUGCAGGGCAAGUUAAAAUUGAUUCCCGCGGAAUGCCAAAAUUGGAGUAUAAGUUAAGCACCAAUGAUGCCAAGAGUGUUAUCGUUGGAAUCACCACAGGUCUCAAGAUUCUUGUGGCGGCCGGAGCGUCUAGAGUCGGGACAUGUUUGGCCGGAGUGGAGGAAUUCGAAGUCUCUGACGAGAGUCCGUUAAAUGAUCCCAAGUUUGAAUCGUAUCUCGAGAAAAUCAGGAAGACUGGAGUGCCCGAACAAGCGAGUAUUGGAAGUAUACAUCAAAUGGGAACUUGGUACAUGAUGUCUUGCGCUUUCUUGGUGAAGCCAACGGGAGAAACUUGGGAGGUCAAGAAUCUUUACGUUGUUGAUUCCAGCGUGUUUCCUACGGCAAUCGGAGUUGAUCCUAUGGUAAGAGAGGCUAUUUUAUUAUCGAGAGAAGAAACUUGA